AAUUCAGGAUUUACGCCCAUGCACGUGGCGAUUAGUGCAGAAUAUUCUGAACCGCGCGUGCUGACAGGUGAGCACAGUAGCAGGAAACUAAGGUGAAAGGUGUUGGGGAUCUUCCUGAGAGCCGUGCUUGGGCAUCUAUACGCGGAACAACAUUUAAAACUUUAAUUGACUUAAAAUUAUCCAAGUCGGACAUGUUUUAGUUUGAGGAUUUAAAAUGGCAUUGAAAACACUUGAGCUGAAUUCAACAAUAUCUUCUGUGUCAGUCUUCACUUUUGAAAACUCAGGAAAUCUUUUGGUCGAUUCAAGCACUUCCUGUCCAUUUCCUGCUCCCAAUAUUACUUAUGUGGACUUCUACCUUCAUGAUUGCUUUGUGUCUACCAUCUUCAUUGUAUCUUACCUUAUCAUUUUUAUUAUGUGUAUGGUUGGAAAUGGAGUGGUGUGCUUUAUUGUGCUGAGGCGCAAACAUAUGCGCACUGUCACCAAUCUAUUCAUUCUCAACCUGGCCAUCAGUGAUCUGCUGGUUGGAAUAUUCUGCAUGCCCACCACCUUAGUAGAUAACAUCAUUACAGGGUGGCCAUUUGGAAGUUUGGUGUGCAAGCUGAAUGGGAUGGUACAAGGAAUAUCUGUGUCUGCUUCUGUCUUUACACUGGUAGCCAUUGCUGUGGAGAGGUUUCGUUGCAUUGUUUACCCCUUCAAACAGAAGCUGACUAUUUCCACCUCCACUCUCAUAAUUGCAGUCAUUUGGGUUCUGGCUAUCUCCAUUAUGUGUCCAUCAGGUGUCAUGCUGCAGGUCACUAAGGAGAGCCAAAUCUCCAUUUUAUUAUGGGAUGGUAAUUCUUCAAAGCCAUUUUACUGGUGCCAUGAGAAUUGGCCCAACAAGGAAAUGCGCAAAAUAUAUACCACUGUGCUCUUUGCCAAUAUCUAUUUGGGUCCACUAACCGUCAUUGUCAUUAUGUAUGCCUGCAUUGGGCUAACACUCUUCAAGACAGCUAUUCCCCCCUCUAGAGAGCAAGAAUCUAGUACCAGCUUUGGAACUGGCUCCAGAAAACAAAGUGGCUAUGAAACUCGCCAGAUAGCAUCAAGGAAAAAGAAGCAUGUAGUUAAGAUGUUACUGGUUGUAGCAUUACUGUUCAUUCUGUCCUGGUUGCCUUUGUGGACACUGAUGAUGCUUAGUGAUUAUGCCAGCCUAAGUGAAUUUCAGCACCGGGUGAUAAACAUCUAUAUCUACCCUUUUGCCCAUUGGUUGGCCUUUUGCAACAGCAGCAUCAAUCCUAUAAUUUAUGGCUUCUUUAAUAAAAACUUCCGCAGGGGAUUCCAAGCUGCCUUUAAACUUCAGCUUUGUUCAAUUCAGCACAGCAAGAGUAUGACUUAUUUGCACCGUAUUCAGGGGAAUGCUGUCCUGCCAACCAAUCUGAAUUUGGAGAUAAGUAGUGGUCCAAGCAGCAGACUGGGUAUGUCCAAAGGGUUAGGUAAAAGCAGUGAUAAAAGUUUGGUGAGGAACAGUCAGUUCUCAGAAAAAAAGAACCAGAAAGAGCAAAACAUGAUCAUGGAGGAUCUAGAAAAGUUAUGUAUUAACAAGAAGGACUAAAUAUUGUAAACAUUUUAUUUGUUGUAAAUGUUAUUUUUAAAAAUCUGAUGUUAUGCUAAAAGUGUCCACCCAUUUACAGUGGUUCACGAUUGUUUUCAUAUGGAUAUUGUACACUAGUCUAGAUUCUUGACUAGCAUACUUGAAAAAGCUGAAUUAAGAGAGAGAGAGAGAGAGAGAGAGAGAGAGAUGGAGGUACACUGUAAUAUCGUACAGUGUGUAGAAAGAUUAUCAAUAGUUUGAUUCAGUAAAUGGGCAUAACUAAUGAAACAGUUGACUCAUUGUACUUAUUACCUCUCAUUACCACUCAUUGUUCUGUCCCAAAACUUAUUGCUAUGAAGCAU